CAGACGGAUUGAUGGCUGUGGCUCCACGUUGCGACCGCAAUCAACCCAGCAAGCUUUGGUGUCGAGUCUUGCAGAGCACAAUUGAACCCAAUCAGCAGCACAGGCCUAAGUCUCUAUAAGAUGUGAUGAGAGAAACUGCGUUGGCCCGUGCUCAAUCCAUGCUUUGGGUGUCGGCCUUUUUUUCUUUCUUUUUCUUCAUUCUUCUUGUUUUGUCCCUGAUCAUCCCUCUGCACUUGUCGCGACGUCGUCGAGUUAGGUAAGCAAUCAAGCAAGGUUCGUGGCAAGCGUCAACUGUAGCUGGGCGGGUCCGACAUUCUGCGGACCCAUUCCAGGCGCGACAGGGACUGGGCGUGCUGACCGGGAGAGCUUUUGACACGCCAAAUAAGUCCAAGUUGACAAGCCCGUGUCUAAGAGACACGAUAAUUCUCCCUCCCUUGCUUCCUUCGCUUUCAUCCACAGCGAAUUCGGGAUUUGGCAGUUGGCCGGACUGAAUCACCAUUUCUUUGUCCCCAAAGACUCUGCGCCCUCCAUUUUGGCCGUCUUUUUCGAGCCCACGACCUGGCGUUUUGUAGCUGUCGCGCCGCUCGAGGCUCCGCUCAACCACAACCAAGGCUUCUCUGUUUGCCUGACUUUCUCCUCAAAAGCGCAUCACCACCCGCCAUUCCCGUGCCGCACUCAAUCGGCGUUGGAUCAAACAGGCGUGCCGCUCGCGCUAAAUAGCAGCCUCGCGCUGCCGUCGCACCACGCCCAUCAUGUCAGGCGUUGAAUACGACUCCGAGUCCGACGACGACAACUUCAACCCAGCCCCGGCCGACGUCUCCGACGACGAGGACAACCAGAAGCAGGAUGCGCCUCGCAGGUCCUCGGACGACCGCGGCGCUCCUAGUGCCGAUGGCGACGCCGACGGCGGCGAUGAGGAAGCAGACGAUCAGGCUGCCGCACAAGAUGAGGAUGAGGGCGAGGGCGAAGACGACGAUGAGGAUGAGGACGACGAGGACGAUGAGGAGGACGACGUUCGCGCUGGUCACCGUAAGAAGAGACGGCGGGAUAGGAGAGCUGCUUUCUUCGAUAUCGAGGCCGAGGUCGACGAUGAAGACGAGGGCGAGGAUGACGAGAAAGACGGCGAAGAAAUAGAAGACUUCAUCGACAACGAACACCCCGACGAUAUUGCCGAGAGCGGCCGACUCGAUGACGAUCGCCGCCAUCGUGAUCUGGACCGCCGCCGAGAGAUCGAGUCGAGCAUGGAUGCUGAAAAGCAGGCCGAGAUUCUCCGACAGCGCUAUGGCAAUCGCCGCCAUGCUCAAGGAUUCGGCGACUCUACCGUCGUUCCUAAGCGGCUGCUCCUGCCGAGUGUCGACGAUCCCCACAUCUGGGCCGUCCGGUGCAAGGAGGGCAAGGAGCGUGAAGUUAUAUACUCCAUCAUGAAAAGGGUCGAGGAGCGCAUGAACACCAAGGAGGAGCUGAGCAUCACGUCGGCUUUCGAGCGGGGUGGCACCCAGUCCGUCAUGAAGGGGUACAUUUACGUCGAGGCUAACAGGUCGACUGAUAUCCUCAUGGCGCUCGACGGCAUGCUCAAUGUCUACCCGCGCACCAAGAUGAUGCUUGUCGAGAUCAAGGACAUGCCUGAUCUCUUGCGUGUCACUAAGACGCCCACUCUCGAGCCCGGCGCAUGGGUGCGUCUGCGGAGACCUUUCAAACACGCAGGCGACUUGGCUCAGGUCAUGGACGUGACGGAGAACGGUCUCGAGGCCCGAGUCCGCUUCAUCCCCCGCCUUGACUAUGGUGUCCGCGACGAGGCCGUCAGCAGCGCCCUUACCGCGGACGGAAAGCGUAAGCGGGCCGUCGGGCCGGGCGUUAAGCCGCCACAGCGUCUCUUCAGCGAAGUCGAAGCCAGGAAACGCCAUCCCCGCAACGUUACCGGAAACGCGCAGUCCAACGUCUGGACCUACAACGGCGAAGAGUUCGAGAAUGGCUUCCAAGUCAAGGAUAUCAAAAUCCAGCAGCUUACUGUCAAGGACGUGAACCCCUCCCUCGAGGAGGUAAGCAAGUUCGCCUCAGGUGCCGACGACGGUACCGAGAAUCUUGAUCUCAAGGCGCUUGCUGCCAGCCUCCAGGGCAACAUGUCAAAUGUUGCCUACCUUGCCGGAGAUAUCAUCGAAGUCUACGAUGGGGAGCAGAAAGGUGUUGUAGGUAGGGCUACCAGCAUUCAGGGUGACAUCGUCACCCUGCAGGUCACCGAGGGCGACCUCAAGGGCCAAACCAUCGAGGUGCCCACAAAGGGACUUCGCAAACGCUUCAGUGAGGGCGAUCACGUCAAGGUGAUUGGUGGCAGCCGCUUCAGGGACGAGGUUGGCAUGGUUGUCAAGAUCUCUGGGGACAGGGUCACGCUCCUGACGGACCAAACCAACACCGAGAUCACGGUUUUCAGCAAGGAUCUCCGCGAGGCAAGCGAUAUUGGCGGGCAGGGAUCUUUGGGACAGUACUCGCUGCUCGACCUGAUCCAGCUGGAUCCGACAACGGUCGGGUGUAUCGUCAAGAUUGAUCGUGAAUCGUUGACGGUCUUGGACCAAAACGGAGACAUUCGGCAGCUCGCGCCGUCGCAGGUCACAAACAAGCUACCCAAGAGGAAGACAGCCGUGGCAGCAGACCGCAAUGGCUCCGAGAUCCGGCUGGACGAUGUUGUCAAGGAGUUUGGAGGCCAGAGGCGACAGGGCAAGAUCAUCCACAUCCACCGUUCGUUUGUGUACCUGCACAGCAGCACCACGAGCGAAAACGCGGGUGUUUUUGUAACGAGGGCCAGCAACGUCAAUACCAUCGCGGCCAAGGGCGGCAGGGUCAACACGACGUCGCUGGGGCCAGACCUGAACGCGAUGAAUCCGGCUCUGAAGCGGAAUGUCGCCGGCAACGGCAUGCCUGCCCCGCAGCAGCAGCGGUCCAUGGGACGAGAUCGCGCGCUUGGGCAGACGGUCAGUGUUCGUCGGGGUGGAUACAAGGGCUUGCUCGGAAUCGUCAAGGAUACCACGGAUACCCACGCGCGCGUGGAGCUGCAUACCAAGAACAAGAUCAUCAUGGUGCCCAAGGCGGAUUUAAUCUUCAAGGACAAAAUCACGGGCCGGCCCAUCGACAUCAACGUGCGUGGUGGGAGCCGAGGCGGGUUCGGUGGGGGCUCUGGCGGAAGAGGAGGUUAUGGCGGUGCUACCGACUACGGCGGUCGCACGCCGAGUGCUGGAGACGGGGCUGGGGGCCGGACACCGGCGUGGGGAUCAAAGCCGACAUCCCAUACUCCAGCCUGGGGUCGUUCGGAACCGUCUGGAGCGCGUACGCCUGCGUGGGCGAUCGCCGACGGAUCACGGACCGUCAACCCGUACGACGGCAGCCGCACCGCCUAUGGUGGCGGAAGCGGCUCGCGGACGCCUGCGUGGAGUCUGGGCGGCAGCAAAACACCGGCCCACGACUCUUUCUCGGGCGGGUCCAAGACGCCCGCAUGGAACCCAUCCGGCUCCAAGACUCCGGCGUACGGCGGUCUCUCGGCCCCGACACCCGGGGCCAGCACCAGCGACGCUUGGGGCUAUACCCCUGGACCAAGCGGCGGGUCGCACGCCUAUGAUGCGCCGACGCCGGGUGCCGGACUGGGCGCCCCGACUCCCGGCGGACUGAAUGCACCAACGCCCAGCGCCUACCCGUCGGCACCCACUCCGGCUGUCAGCGCACCGACUCCCGGUGCUUGGCAGGGCGGCUGGGACUCGGCGGCCACGCCAGCGGCUACAGCGCCUACACCUGCGGCUUCUGGCGGCUACUAUGGGGCUCCGACGCCCGCGGCCUAUGGCGGAGCGCCCGAGACACCCGCAGCUAGUGGACCCCGGUACACCGACGAUGACUAGGGGAGGCAAGGAGCAGUUUGAUAGAAAACCCGGGUUUGCGUCGCAGCACGUAGCAUGGCCUGGUUCCGCCUAGAAGUUAACUGGCCGAGCUGAUGUUUAGGGUGUAUGAUAGGAGGGGUGUGAUAGAAGCAGAAAAGGAAUAAUGCGAAAGUAUCUUUUGGAAAGCAUA